CCAUCGUGCAGACAGUUCGCUUCGAAAAUGGUGUGGGCUGUUGUUCAGAAUUCAGUGUUCGUCUUCGACUUUUUAUCCCAUUUGGUUCCUAUUUCUGGGACGGCAUCUUCGAGAUCCUCGACCACGAGUCUUGCUAAUCUGCAUGAUCUCGUCUCUGGCUUCACUUCGUCCAAAUCAGCGAUUCUGGGUCUCCAAGUCCUCACACGGUAUCUAUCAUGGGACUCACAUGAACGAGUGUUGCAAUUAGUCGGCUUGUUUGAACUCAGCUGGUUCUUUAGUGACGGGUCAUGGGUACUCUUAUCGCUCGUACGGUAUAAAGGCUGGAUUCAACGGACAAGCUUGGGAGCACCCAACUGUAUCACUAGUCGUUUUACAGUCAACAUGCCUGGACUUACUCUCCCACCAUUUCCGGAAGAUAUACCCACACACCCUCUCUUGGUUAUUGACUAUGAACUCAUACAGGCUGGUGACUCUGAAGAAAUCGAGAAGCUCUGGAAGGCUGCAAGAGAGCUGGGAUUCUGGUACUUGAAGAACCAUGGAGCCGACAAGGAGGUUGAGGGUAUGUUUGAUAUGGGAGCAGAAACGAUGGACCUUCCGGUUGAGGAGAAGAUGAAGUUUGAGCAAGGCAGCGAAGGCAAUUCCUUCGGUUACAAAGCCUUGGGAACAAUCUCCACAAACGAAUACGGCAACCCAGACAAUGUCGAAUUCAUCAAUAUUUCCAAAGACGAUGCCUUGGCCUAUCCGGAGGUUAAAAACCGCACGUAUCCAUCAACUGUAAAUGCGCACAUGCUGUCGACAAUUACACCAUUUGUGCGCAAGUCUCUUGCAGUCUUCGAAACAAUUUACUCCGUAUUCGACAAGAAGCUUGAUCUCCCAGAUGGAGCUCACACGGACUACGGAUCUCUUUCGUUCUUGCACAAUCGACUCGGCGGGCUGCAAGUUCUUCCUCCCGGCAGCCCUGACUGGCACUACGUUCGUCCAAUGCCUGGACACGCUAUCUGUAACAUCGGAGACGCACUCUCGUUACUCUCAGGUGGAAUCCUCCGUUCAAAUAUGCAUCGUGUUGUCCCACCUCCAGGUGUCCAGGCCGCAUAUACGCGCUGGUCUGUCGUUUGCUUCUCUCGUCCAUGUGUGAACGCGGAACUUCGCGCUUUGGAUGAGAGUGAAUUGAUAAAAGAAACGCUUUCGAACAUGACCUCAGAGGAGAGAGCGAAAUACAAUCCAGGCGUAACACAGGGCGAAUGGUAUGUCCGGAGGAUGAAGAACACACGGCUCAAGAACAGGAAGGGCCCUGAGACCUAUUUUGCGAGCAGAGGAAUGGAACACAGACCGAACGUGAUCUAA